GCUGCUAAGGUGGGCGGGUGCUGUUAGCAAGGUUGGAGUCUCAAGCAGACGGUGUGUGAGGAGGGAGCUUCAAUAUGAGAUUGAACCAAAGUAAAUUGGCUCCAGCAAGAGCCGAGGAGGGCUCAAAAUCACAGUACAGCGCUUCAGGGCUGGGAUGCUUUGGUUGGAUUCUAAUCAUCCUGUCGAUUAUCUUUACCCUCGCAACUCUACCCAUCUCAAUCUGGUUCUGCAUGAAGAUUGUCAACGAAUAUGAAAGAGCUGUGAUAUUUCGAUUGGGCCGUAUUGUUCACGGGAGAGCGAAAGGCCCAGGUAUUUUCUGGAUUUUACCUUGUACUGAUACAGUUAAUCUAGUUGACUUGAGGACAGUGUCAUUCUCUGUCCCACCACAAGAGGUAUUAACGAAAGACUCUGUCACGAUAAUGGUGGAUGCUAUUGUCUACUAUCGUGUCUUCGAUCCUGUGAUGUCAGUCAUCAGUGUAAUCAAUGUGGACAGUGUUACUCACCUGCUGGCCCAGACAACAUUGCGGAACAUUCUGGGCACCAAGAGCCUGUCAGACGUUCUUUCUGAUCGGGAACACAUGGCACAGGAGAUGGAGCAUCUUCUGUUCGAUGCAUCGAAGGGAUGGGGGAUUAAGGUUGAGCGAGUGGAAUUUAAAGACGUCAGACUGCCGGUGGUUUUGCAAAGAGCGAUGGCAGCCGAGGCUGAAGCUGUGAGGGAUGCCAAAGCCAAGGUGAUUGCUGCAGAAGGUGAGUUGAAUGCCUCCCGUGCUCUCAAAGAUGCAGCCACAGUGAUGUCAAUGAGUCCAAGCGCCUUGCAGCUGCGUUACCUCCAGACACUCUCCGAGGUUGCUUCGGAGCGAAACUCCACCAUCAUGUUCCCGGUGCCGAUCAACAUGGCAUUAGCCUUCUCGAGGAGCUGAAGCGGCCUGGUGGCAAUGGGAAGGCAUUCUUUCUGAACACCGUGUUGUAAUUGAGCUGCGGUGCAAGUCAUGUGAAAAGCUCACCUGAGUGGACUGUUCGAGAAGUCUACACCAUUAGAUGUUGUUCGUUCAUAUAGGCUUACCAUGCACUCUGUGCAAAGAGACCAGCCUUUUAUGGCUCUUCUCCUUCGCAGAUACCUCUUAAAUUUUGUGGUCUGUCUCCCUAUUUUCUCUCUGGGUGUCCAUUCAUGUGCUAAUUGGCUGCAGAACGUAAUAUGUAAAACCUUUCUACAGAAUAAUUUUUUCUUGAUUUAAGUGAGGAAGAUAGCGUUGCCUGCCAGGUUUUAUUAGGUAACAAGAAGGUGAAAGAUCCUUACAGUACAGAGCUACCAAGCCCUAGAGAAGUAUUUGGCUUCCAAUUGGCAAUGAACAAGAGUUAAAUAAAGCCAUCAGGUUUGGGCAAUGCUUAUAAAAUUUACAUUUAAGUCCAGGCAUGGGUUUUGUGGUGGAAGAAAAGAUGAUCAGAGGUGAGUAAAAGCAUCUAUGGAUAGAAAGAAGGAAACAGUAAAAUUGUCACUUCCUUAUGCCUCUGAACUGUAAUUUUCUUUCAUCCAAAACACUAGUUAGGACUUGACAAAAAGUGAGAAAAAAGGACUAAUCAGAACACACAUAUGGAAGUUUUGAGGUAGCAUUUCUGCUCUCACACCUCUCAUUACGUGCAAAGCAGCAUCGAAACAGCUUGAAUUGUUGCUUAUUCUCAGAGUGCAUGCUACAUGUGCGAUGAACAAGUUAUCAGCUUUUGCCAAGUGUGCAUGUGACUAACUUCACCUCUGUGAGCCUUUUGACUUGAACCACGUUCUGUUUGUUUCAGCUACAU